UAAAGGUAGCAAUAGUUGAGGACGCCUAACCGGAAACUCAUUUGUUUAGGAAGUAUUUUGCGAACUAGCUCAAAUAAGUCUUUCCAAUAAGCAAUAAUGGCUGCCAACAUUGUCACAAUGAAGAAAAUUAUCCAACAACUGCGUCUUGAAGCCAGCAUAAACAGAGUAAAGGUGUCCCAGGCCGCAACAGACCUCCAGCAGUUCUGCCUCCAGAAUGCCCAGCACGACCCUCUGCUCACCGGCAUGUCGUCCAGCAACAACCCGUUCAGACCGCAGAAAGUUUGCUCCUUCCUUUAGUGCCGCCGGGCCGAACCGAACCGAGCCUGUGCUGCCGCUGAGGAAGCUGCGGUUCUUUGAGGAUGGGGCCUCCAUCCUGGACUGGAACGGUCUCAGGACUGUUGGCCACAUUACUAACUUAAGUCUUUUUAUAUUUUAUUUGUAUCAUUUGAAACCUUUGUAGAUUCAUGUGGGGUUUUCAGAAGAUCCCGGCUUAUUUUAGGACCACUUACUUUGUUCACAGAUGUGCCUUUACAACCACACUAGCUCCAGUUAAUCAAAGUAUUUCCAUGUUUUAAUUUGAUGCUCCUUUGUUUAAAAAAAAAAAAAACAGCAUUAUUGGCAGUAAUUGACUCGAUUUACUAAACACCUUGUACACGAUGUCUUAAUGUUCUGUGUGUUGUUGGCUUAUGGUUUAGAUUCUUUGCUCUGAAACUUUUAGGUCGUUGUGCCCUUCAAGCCUUUAAGAUCAUGCAAUAAAGUAAGACUUUGAUUA